CACAUUACAGGACGCAACAAUAUCCGAUAAAAACUUCGUUGUUCGUGUUUUUCAGCACAGCACAGAUUUGAUAAUAUGCCGUAGGUGCGGCCAGCGAGGAUCCUCAGCAGCAGCAGCGCGAUGGCCUACAUCAACAUCGCCGAGUGGACGCCCGACCAGGUCACCGACUGGAUCAAAGGUCUGGAUGAGUCCAUGAAGGGGUAUUUGUACGAGUUCUCCAAGCAGGAGAUCGGCGGAAGGGCCCUGCUCAACAUACGGCCGUACGAGCUGGAGAAUCUGGGCAUGCUGCGCAUUGGUCACCAGGAGAUUGUGCUGGAGGCGGUAGAGAACCUGAGAAACUUUCACUAUCAUCUGAAAAACGACAAUCUGCAGUUCAUGGCCUUGCAUGUGGCCACGGCCGCCGGGAAUCUCCAUCGCGAGCUGGCCCGGAACCAUGCGGAGAGCACCAAGAUCGAUACGCGGAUACUGCACGAUAUCACCCGGACGAUAGCCACACUGAAGCCACUGGUGGGCAGUCUGGAGCGAACGCCGUUCCGCAAGCAGGAGAUGUACCGCGAGUACUGCGGCAAUGUGCUCAAAUGCGGCCUGGAGCUGGCCACCAUCGCUCACAGGGAUCGCUUCGCCCUGCAGCCGGUUCCGGCGAUUCGGCAUACGGCGGAGCGUCUGGAGAAUCUGGCCAACUUCGUCAUCCAGGACAUAUCCGAUCCCAUGGUGCUGCAGCCCGCCUCCCUGAACCUCGUCACCCUCAAGAAACGCGAAUCCGAGCUGGGCUUCAACAUAGAGUCGAGCUACAACGGCAUCCACCGCGUCACGGACAUCAAGUACAACUCGCCGGCUCACAAUUCCGGAAAGAUCGAGGACGGCGACGAGAUUGUGCAGAUCAACUACCAGACUGUGGUGGGCUGGCAGCAUCGCACGGUGCUGGAGCACCUGAGGGAGGCCCUGCCCGAUGUGGUGCUCACGGUAAAGAAGCGGCCCAAGCACACCAAGAUGUUUGGCCAGAUCUACAUGCAGCCGUACAGGCUGCCCAGCAAGAAGAGGAACAUGGCCGGUCGCUGGGCGGAGCAGAUGCCGAGUCCCAGGACUGCGUUUUUAACCCUGGAUACGGAGCGAACGGCAACGGGGGGAAUCGGGAGCGUAGUGCCAGACCCAAGCAAACCCCUGGGCGGCGAGAAGAGAGAGGUGCUCAUCAAGGCCAAUCCAGUGUCCUCAGCCUCCGAUUCGGACUCCAGCUGCAGUGAUAUACCCACGCCCACGGAUCCCAAGUCAGCUGCCCGGGAGAUCCGGUUGUACUACCCCAAGCCAAGAGCCCUGCUCCAGCGGCGGUACACCAUCUGCGGGGACGAGUUUCUGAGUCUGAAGCACUCGGAUCUGGUGGUACCGUCGUGGCACGAAAGGAAACCGGGAGUUGGCUCUUCGGCCAUCUGUGAUCCCGGCUCGCCCAGCAUCCGGGACAAGUCGAUAUCCUUCGGCUACGGCCUGGAGAUUGCACCCAGGCCCACCACCUGCAUCGGGAUUGCCGGCGACAGCUCCACGGACAAGGCCAAGCGGAUGUUCCAUGAGGUGAGGAAGCUGAAGCAGCUGACGGAGGGUUCGCAGCGCGAAUUCCUCGCGGAUCGCUACAAGCCGGGAGUCAGCAAAGUAGUCCGAUUCGAUGCCAAGGAGGACUACGUCGUGAAGAACGAGAACUUCAUCUGCAAUGUUGAGAACACCAUACUGGAGACCUUCGAGCCGAUUCCCUUUGCGGACGAGGGCGAUGAGGAUGCACUGGAAACGCUGCGCAACUGCAAGACGGAGAACGCCGAGGAGCUGCUGGAGGCGCUAAACCAGGCCACCCUUGGCCAGGACCUGCCCCUGGCCGAGGCCAUCAAUAUGCCCCUGCUGCAACAGGGUCGUCGCGGUCGACUGGACAAGAGCCACAGCACUCCGGCCUACGACAAUUCCGGCGAGGAGUCCGACACGCCGCCAGCGAUUGAGCCCCGAAAGGAGUUCCUGCUCGUCGCUUCGCCGGCGCCUCCUCCGCGACCGCGCAAGCAGAGGGAGAUGACGCCGCCAGUGGUGCCACCGCCGCCUCCGAAGCCCGCCAGCAUGCAGGCAGCCAGUGGUGCCACCAGCAUCGCCACACCACCUACCAUCGUGUCACCCCCCAUCGACCCUGCGGAGGUCAGUGAGCUGCACACGCCCAGCAAGUCCCGCACUCUGACGCUGAGGAAGAAGCACAGCCUGAUGGCCAAGCGGCGGAACACGAACCUCAAGCUGCUCAACACGGGCGACAUCCAGGGCCACCUGUACAGGCGCAAGAAGAAUCACCACGGCGUCACCUACUGGGCGAGGAUCUACUUUGUGAUGCUGGACACGAUUCUGUACGGAUUCAGCAGCAAGCAGAGCACCAGCGCCAGCUUGGUGAUCUUCCUGCCCGGAUUCACGGUUUCUUUGGCCAAGGAGGUGCACUCCAAGCCGCAUGCCUUCAAGGUCUACCACACGGCCAAGAGCUUCUACUUUGCGGCCGAGUCCCUGGACGCACUGAACCAGUGGGUGGACUACCUGCGCCAGGCGUCGCUCAAGGUGCCGCCGAGCUCGGGAUCGGGCGGCGGUGUGAAUGCCAAGGAUCUGUACUCGGAGAACGACAGCUCGGGCGAGGAGAGUGACGCCCUGGUCGCCAAGAACCUGAGCACGCCCUCGCCACAGGGCAGCAAGGAGGCGAUGUCGAUGUCCAUGGGGCUAUCUGGUGGCACACCACCCUCCUCCGCGCCCAUCAAGGCCGAGCGCGGCUACCUGAACUCGUUGCGCAAGUUUACGAUGGGCCCCUUCAAGAACAGUGCGGCGAAAGCGUCCAGCGACAUUCCCGUGCCCACGGAAAAGUUCCGCAGCUUCACAAAGGUGCCCGGCGGCUAUCAUGGCCUCCAGAUUGGGGCCAAUACGCCGGGCUACCAUGACCCGGCCAUGCCGCCCACACAGAUUCCGCCUUUGGUGGCGCCCAAGUUGUCGCGCAGCUCCAGCAGAAGUUCGGUGGUAAGUGGCACCGAGUCCGCAGUAUCGUUCUCCGCCUCGAUUCUGGGUCCGCCCACCUCCCCGGCGCCCACGCCUACGCCCACGCCGACUCCCACGGUCACGCCCACUUCGCUGCAUCACCAGAGCUCCGAGGAGAGCCCGAGCCAGAGCCAGAGUCAGAGUCCCAGCAGCAAGUCGAGUCUGAAGAAGGCGCCCUUCAACUUCCUGCACGCCUCGAAUCCGAACUUGGUGGAGUUCGACUUCCACACCUCGAAGGCGCUGCUGCCCAAGAUGAGUGUGGGCAGCACCCUGGACCACGGCCACAACAUCCAGGGCUUUGUGACGCUCAAGGACCUGAUGCUGCGCAAGCAGGAGGAGGAGGCCCAGGAGAUGUACAACAACCGGGUGCACUUGGGCGUGGAGAAGCACAAGCAUGCGCGCACGGAGUCGACGGCCAGUCAGCAGAGCGCCAUGAGCAGCGCCAGCGUGGCCAAGCCGCUGGAGAAGCUGCCCAAGAUCCAGAGCGUGAGUCUGCCCAAGGCGCCCGACUACGAGAUCAGCUUCAAGCCGGACGACGAGAGCAUCAAGCGGACCAGGACCAAGGAGGGUCAGAAGCUGCGCGACUUUGGCUACGAGCUGAUUUGCGGGGAUGAGCCGAGCACCAGCUCCAGCAGCCGCCAGGAGCACCACCACCAUCAUCACCAUCAGCACCACCAGCACAGCCUCCACCAGCAUGUGCAACAGCAACACAAUCAGCAGUCGCAGUCGCAGCCGCAGCACAGUAGCAGGACCAAGUACUUCCUGCGCCCCCAGCAGCUGCAGUUCUCCAGUUUUCUGCACAAGACCAACAGCAGCAGCAGUGGCAAGAGCUCCGGAUCCGGGGCAGAGCAGAAGAAGUCCAAGGGCAAGUCGAGUAGCGACCGGCGGUUCCCCUUCUCGAAACACUCGACCGGCUCCUCGGGCAGUGGCUGUGCCCCGGGUCAUGCGAUGACCAUGACCCUGCCGCUGAACAAGAAGUCCAAAUCGAAUCACGCCUUGGACGGAGCCGGUGGCAAUGGGAUGGCCCUCGUUGGCAGCGGCAGCAGCAUCAAGAAGAGCCAGACGUACAAUCAGGACCUGCGCGACAAGGUGGUGGGCACCAAGUACGAUGCGCAUCGCAAGAACUCGGCACCGAUCUUCUCCAAGCUCUCCCUUUCGGGCGGCACGCCGGCGAAGCCCUCCAAGGAGAAUCGCUUCCUGGGCUCGCCGCUGCUCCAUCGCACUCUGUUCGGACACCAUCAUCACCAGCAGCAUCAUCAUCAGCAGCAGCAGCAGCAGUCGAUGGUGACGCCGCCGAGCAGUGCCGAUCCGGAUUGCGAUCAGGAGAUCUUCAGCCAGAUCACCCUGCCCACGCACAAUCAGGCGGGCUACAGGAGCUACCGGGGCCCAGGCAUCAUGACCACCUCGACCACCAACCUGUGCUCGUCGGAGGGUCUACAACCGCCGCUGCCGCCAGCUCCUCCGCCCCCAAUCAUGGCCAGCCGGCAGCGGGAGGAGGAGCCAGUGGAGACGGCGGCGGCGGCGGCGGCUUCGGCGACCAAUAUAUCUGAGAGUGCGGCCACCCCGAAGGUGUCCAGUUCCGGAUCCGUGGACUCGAAAGCGGCCACGCCGGACUACCCCAACAUGGAGUGCCCGCCGGUCUUCGAGCCGGAGAUCUACUCGCUCAGCGACACCAGCUUGUCCCGCCUCAUGAUGCGGACGCCCAGCAGCAGCGGUAGCGGAGGUGGUGCCACCGCCAGCAGCAGCAACAACAACAAUAACAACAGCAACACCAACAACAACACCAACACCAACAGCAACAGCAGUCCCAGUGGCGGCGAACACCAUCCGAACUAGAUGAGUGAUGAAAACUAUUGUGAAUGCUCGCGGGGAUUAGCCCCCGCUUACUUAUGUAAUUUAUACACACGCAUACAGAGAUAUAUAUGUAUAUUAUAUAUAGCCGGUAUUCUCGUACGAUAUAUGUAGGUAUACAACUUGUUCAUUUUAAUCGUCUUCCCUGUCUGUCCACCAGCAACACCAACAACACACGCAUACCUGCAAUCCCUUCGAGUCGAGACCCCGAUCCCACUUAGAUGUUAGUGUUUAAUCUGCCUUAUUUGCAUUGUAUUUCGGUUCUAGGCAAAAUGUUUUACACAUGCAUGUACUCACGAAAACGAAAACAAUGAAUUGUAGCGAAAAGAGGAUGAAACUUUAGAAGUCUGCGCAUCGAACGAAGAGAGUUCUUUAUGAUUUGCCUUUGUACGCGAUUAACCAAGUUAAUCCGAGCUGUUUGAUUUGCUCAACAGUUUGUGUCUAGAUUGCAUGUACUAUAUAUUAUUAUGCGAAACGAGAUAUUAUUGUAGUGGUCUCCAGCGACGCCGAUGGAGCCACAAAUGUUGUAGCGAAUAAACAAUAUAAUUAUACACACUUACACGAAAUAUACAUGCAUACGAAUAAAGUCAACUGUAUAUAAUGAA